AUGAAAUUUGCUCAGCUCUUACUUAUUGCUUCUGCAAUUAUUGCUACCAAUGCACAGCUUAUUCCCAACUUAGGAGAUAAUAAGGAAUUGGAUUUUGAUUCAAUCUCCAAUCAACAGGACUAUUUAAUAGGCCAGUUAACCAAGCGUGCCAGAAGUGGUAAUGGAAGUGAUGGUCGUACCAAAGGUCAAUCUGGAAGAAGAAGCGAGAUUCCUGAUGAAGAAGAGGAAUUAGUCAAGCGUGCCAGAAAUGGUAAUGGAAGUGAUGGUCGUACCAAAGGUCAAUCUGGAAGAAGAAGUGAGAUUCCUGAUGAAGAAGAGGAAUUAGUCAAGCGUGCCAGAAGUGGUAAUGGAAGUGAUGGUCGUACCAAAGGUCAAUCUGGAAGAAGAAGUGAGAUUCCUGAUGAAGAAGAGGAAUUAGUCAAGCGUGCCAGAAGUGGUAAUGGAAGUGAUGGUCGUACCAAAGGUCAAUCUGGAAGAAGAAGUGAGAUUCCUGAUGAAGAAGAGGAAUUAGUCAAGCGUGCCAGAAAUGGUAAUGGAAGUGAUGGUCGUACCAAAGGUCAAUCUGGAAGAAGAAGUGAGAUUCCUGAUGAAGAAGAGGAAUUAGUCAAGCGUGCCAGAAGUGGUAAUGGAAGUGAUGGUCGUACCAAAGGUCAAUCUGGAAGAAGAAGCAAGAUUCCUGAUGAGAAAUAA